GGCCCCACUUCCGCCUCGUGCGGCCAGGCCCUGGCCGAGGUCCGGACGCUGCAGGCGCGGCGCCCUGCGGGGAGCGCGAACGCUGACAGAUGAGGAGCCCCUGCACUGAGCACUACCAGCAAUGGCCGCGCCCGGCAGGAGAGCCCCCUGGAAGGGAGCCCUGCUGAUGCUUCUGGCAUCCCAAGCCAUGUCCUUGGUGAAUUGCUCUGAAGACGACGACGUUCCAGAAGAAUGGAUCCUGCUGCAUGUUGUUCAGGGUCAGAUAGGAGCUGGGAAUUACAGCUAUUUGAGGUUAAAUCAUGAGGGAAAGAUAAUUCUUAAGAUGCAGAGCUUAAAAGGGGAUGCAGACCUGUACAUAUCUGAUAGCACUCUCCACCCAAGCUUUGAUGACUAUGAAUUACAGGCAGUCACUUGUGGUCAGGAUGUCGUUUAUAUACCAGCACACUUCCAGCGCCCUGUGGGAAUAGGCAUCUACGGACACCCAUCGCACCACGAGAGCGAAUUUGAAAUGAAAGUCUACUACGAUACAACCGCCGAACAGUACCCAUUUGGUGAGACUGCUUAUUCCUCAGACGGUGCAGACACAAGUCAGAAGCAUGCUUAUACUCCAGAAGACGCUUCUCAAGAAGAGGAAUCUGUUCUGUGGACCAUAUUAAUUAGUAUUUUAAAACUGGUACUUGAAAUCCUUUUUUGAUACAUUCAACACACUCUGGAGUACAAUGCCCUUUAUCUGUGAAGUGGAUUGCAGUCUGCUGUGAACUCUGCUACUUUUACCUAGCUGACAUUGCGGUUAACCUUCUCUAGUCAAGGGAUGGAAAAAUAAAGCCAUACGGUUUUGUUACCUCAGUUAUCCCCAAAAUAGGAAAAGCAGCAAGCACGAUAUUUGUUUUCUCUUAAAGAUCAAAAUUCCUAUAAAAUAAAUUUGCAAAAUAAAAUGCUUAAACUAUUUCGAUUAGUUUGUCAGGUGACUAAACAGAAAGAUUGCAGGAGCUCAGAUUUAAGUAAAAGAAAUCAAAAUAAAGCAACCUUUUAUAGUUAAACAGAUCAGAUUAACAGGUUGAUAAUUUUCUAAUUUUACUCUGGAGAUUCUAAAUGAAGUUUAAUGUGUAACUUUUCAAGAGUUACUGAAAUCAAGCCAGAAGUGGAAUUAUUUAUACUUCCCAUGCCUGUACCCCAAGCAGAAAUGAUACCUUUUAUCCAAACGGGAUUUCCAGGCAGGCAGGUAUUUACAAACUUUGUUCCUGUGCCAAUUAAUGGCUAUUGUAAAUCCAGGUGCACCUAAUUAAGCUAUUUGUUGUUUUACCAUCUUGGGCUACCUAUUAAUUAAAAUUCUUUAGUUAUAAACUUUGUUAUGCUACCUAAGGCAGGCCAAAAACAAUACAGAUUAAGAAAGUUUCAUGAAAAUAAUAGGAACUUUUCAAACUAAGAAAUAGUUUAGUAUUUCAAAUUAAGUUGCUAAAUAUUUCCACUGAAUUUUUGGAGAGAGUUGAAAUACUAAGAGA